CUUUGAAUUUUAUAAGUUUUUCACCUAAAUCUGAAUUAUAAAUGUGAAAGACUUUGUUUACAGUGCUUUAUAAAACUAAUUUACAAUGGAAGAAAAAUCUAUUAACCCUCCUGAGGCAGAAAGUCACCCAAGUUCACUUCAUACGGACGAUGGAACCUUUGAUUUAGAAACAGAAACUAUGUCACAUCAAGAAGCUUUAGCAUUUGUCGAAAGUGGGAUUCUUGAUAUUAUCAAAACUGAUCCACUCUUGCAAUAUCUGCCGUCCGGUGUUACGCUUGAUGAGUUGAAUUCCAUGCUAGCGUUGGAGCAUGGACGUGCUAUGACAGUUAUUAUUCAUCGUGCAGAUAGACAGACUUACUCCAUUGUCGUGGAACAGAAAGCAACUGUGAUUGAUUUGAAGAAAGCAAUACAAAGACAUGUUGUCACCAAAUUGAAAAGAGAGGGUUGCGAGCGGACAUUAAGCUGGAGGUACGUCUGGAAAACGUAUUGGUUGUAUUUUGAUGGACAGAAGCUGACCCAGGAUCAUAAGCCAUUGAAAGACUACGGCAUAAGUAACAACUCGGAGUUGUCUUUUGUGAAAAGACUGAGAAACAAAUAAUUGUAGAUUGUAGUCAAUGACUUUUCCCGUCGUAUGUCAGUUUUGUUGGCAGAAAUGUUU